GAGAAGGGUUUGAGGAUGUCCACCCAGGCAGCAGGGAACCAGACCUCCUCCGGGGCCACUGACGAUGAGGAUUCCUAUGACAGCUGGUACAUCGACGAGCCCCAGGGUGGCCAGGAGCUCCAGCCCGAGGGGCUGGUCCCCUCCUGCCAGCCCAACGUGCCACCCGGCCUCUACCACACCUGCCUGGCCGUGCUGUCGAUCCUCGUGUUGCUCCUGCUGGCCACACUGGUGCGGCGCCGCCAGCUCUGGCCCCGCUGCGGGCAUGGCAGGCCCGGGCUGCCCAGCCCUGUGGAUUUCUUGGCUGGAGACAGGCCCCGGGCCGUGCCUGCCGCCGUCUUCAUGGUCCUCUUCAGCUCCCUGUGCCUGCUACUCCCCACCGAGGACCCGCUGCCUUUCCUGAGCCUCGCCUCACCACCCGGCCAAGAUGGGGAAGCUGAGACUUCAAGAGGGCCGUGGAAGAUAUUGGCUCUGCUCUAUUACCCUGCCCUCUACUAUCCGCUGGCUGCCUGUGCCACCAUCAGACAUGGAGCUGCCCACUUGCUCGGCAGCCUGCUGUCCUGGGCUCAUCUGGGGGUCCAGGUCUGGCAAAGGGCAGAGUGUCCCGAGUCACCCAAGAUCUACAAGCACUACUCGCUGUUGGCCUCGCUGCCUCUGCUUCUGGGCCUCGGAUUCCUGAGCCUUUGGUACCCAGUGCAGCUGGUGAGAAGCUUCAGUCAUGGGGCAGCCACGGGUUCCAAGGGGCUGCAGAGCAGCUACUCUGAAGAAUAUCUGAGGACCCUCCUUUGCCAGAAGAAGCUGAAAAGCAGCUCUCACACCUGCAAGCAUGGCUUCGCGUCCCGGGCCUGGAUCUACUUCAGACACUCCAUCUACAUUCCGCAGCGAGGAUUCCGACUCCCCCUGAAGCUGGUGCUUUCAGUCACCCUGACAGGGACGGCCAUCUACCAGGUGGCCCUGCUGCUGCUAGUGGGCGUGGUACCCACCAUCCAGAAGGUGAGGGCGGGGAUCACCACGGACGUCUCCUACCUGCUGGCCGGCUUUGGGAUCGUGCUCUCAGAGGACAGGCAGGAGGUGGUAGAGCUGGUGAAGCAUCACCUGUGGGCUCUAGAAGUUUGCUACAUCUCGGCCUUGGUCCUGUCUUGCUUGCUCACCUUCCUCAUGCUGGUCCACUCGCUGGUGACACACAGGACCAACCUGCGAGCUCUGCACCGAGGCGGUGCCCUGGACAUAGGCCCCCUGACCCAGAGCCCCCACCCCUCCCGCCAGGCCAUAUUCUGUUGGAUGAGCUUCACUGCCUACCAGACUGCUUUUACCUGCCUUGGACUCCUGGUACAGCAGAUCCUCUUCUUCCUGGGGACCUUGACCCUGGCCUUCCUGGUGUUCAUGCCCAUGCUUCACGGCAGGAACCUCCUGCUCCUCCAUUACCUGAAGUCCUCGUGGCCCUUCUGGCUGACCUUGGUCCUGGCUGUGACCCUGCAGAAGGUGGCGGCCCACUGGCUCUUUCUGGACACUCACCAUGGACGCCCAGGGCUGACCAACCGAAGAGCACUCUGUGCAGCCACCUUCCUUCUCUUCCCCAUCAACAUGCUGGUGGGCACCAUGGCGGCCGCCUGGAGAGUGCUCCUCUCCGCCCUCUACAAUGCCGUCCACCUUGGCCGGAUGGACCUCAGCCUGCUGCCGCUUAGAGCUGCCACUCUUGACCCCGGCUACCACACAUAUUGCAACUUCUUGAAGAUGGAGGUCAGCCAGUCACACCCAGCUGCGACAGCCUUCUGCACCCUGCUCCUGCGGACUCAGAGGCCCCAGCCCCGCGUGACCCCCCGGGAUGGCCUCAGAUUGGGGGAGGAAGAGGAAGGCAUUCAGCUGCUACAGGCCAAGGACCUGGUGGCCAGAGGAGCGAGGCCCAGGGCCCACCACGGCAGGGCUCGCUGGGGUCUGGCGUACACGCUGCUGCACAACCCAGCUCUGCAGGCCUUCCGGAAGACAGCCCUGCCAGGUGCUCGGGCCAAUGGUGCCCAGCUCUGA